GGACACGCACCGGCGCGUCCAGCAGGUGGCAGCAGCGAGCAGCCGCGCCCCCCGCGCUGCCAACCCGAGAGCCCGCAUCAUGGAUGUCGAGCUCCCCUAUUUCGCUUUGCUCGCCCUGGAAUUCCAGACCCUAGAAGAGGACCAGGAUUCAUGAACCGGUCGCAGGGGCCGGGGCAGGAGCCUCUGGCUCCCGACGGUGGCCGAGAGGUGGGUCCUGGGGCGGGUCGCUGCUCCUUGAGGCCGGGCGGGGACGCUCUGCCCCCGCCCUGCCUCCCUGUGGUCCACACCCCCUUUGGGAUCCGGAGCCGCUGGGCUGGAAUAGUCCGGGGUGCGCGCGAGCAGGCUCUGCCAGCCCCGCUCCGGCCCGGGAUUCGGGGCUGAGGAGCAGGAGGACAGAGGCGCCCGUGUCCUCCCCCCCUCCUCCACCUUGCUCACACCUGCGCCAAUUAGUCCAGUCGCCUUCAAGGCCAGUGGUUACAGCCCAGUCCGAGAAGGGACAGCAGAGGGAGAGCACCUGAGGAUACAGAGCUGGCACUGGACUGCCUUUUUCAACCCCUAGGUGAUGAGUGCGGUUCAAAGAACGGAAAAUUUAAAAAGCAACCCGGGCCUCCGUAUUGAAUGAAAGACCCAGUGCGAAGACAUCACCAUGAACACGAGCAUUCCCUAUCAGCAGAAUCCUUACAAUCCCCGGGGCAGCUCCAACGUGAUCCAGUGCUACCGAUGUGGAGACACCUGCAAAGGGGAAGUGGUGCGUGUGCACAACAACCACUUCCACAUCCAGUGCUUCACCUGUCAAGUGUGUGGCUGUGGCCUGGCCCAGUCAGGCUUCUUCUUCAAGAACCAAGAGUACAUCUGCACCCAGGACUACCAGCAACUCUAUGGCACCCGUUGUGACAGCUGCCGGGACUUCAUCACAGGGGAGGUCAUCUCUGCCCUGGGCCGCACCUACCACCCCAAAUGCUUUGUGUGCAGCCUGUGCAGGAAGCCUUUCCCCAUUGGAGACAAGGUGACCUUCAGCGGUAAAGAAUGCGUGUGCCAGACGUGCUCCCAGUCCAUGGCCAGCAGUAAGCCCAUCAAGAUCCGCGGACCCAGCCACUGUGCUGGGUGCAAGGAGGAGAUCAAGCACGGCCAGUCACUCCUGGCGCUGGACAAGCAGUGGCAUGUCAGCUGCUUCAAAUGCCAAACCUGCAGUGUCAUCCUCACUGGGGAGUACAUCAGCAAGGAUGGCGUUCCAUACUGCGAGUCUGACUACCACUCCCAGUUUGGCAUUAAAUGUGAGACUUGUGACCGAUACAUCAGUGGCAGGGUCUUGGAGGCAGGAGGGAAGCAUUACCACCCAACUUGUGCCAGAUGUGUACGCUGCCACCAGAUGUUCACUGAAGGGGAGGAGAUGUAUCUCACAGGUUCUGAGGUAUGGCACCCCAUCUGCAAGCAGGCAGCCCGGGCAGAGAAGAAGUUGAAGCAUAGAAGAACAUCUGAAACUUCCAUCUCACCGCCUGGGUCUAGCAUUGGGUCACCCAACAGAGUUAUCUGCGACAUCUAUGAGAAUCUGGACCUCCGCCAGAGACGGGCCUCCAGCCCAGGGUACAUCGACUCCCCUACCUACAGCCGGCAGGGCAUGUCCCCCACCUUCUCCCGCUCACCACACCACUACUACCGCUCUGGUGAUUUGUCUACAGCAACCAAGAGCAAAACAAGUGAAGACAUCAGCCAGGCCUCCAAGUACAGUCCAGCCUACUCACCAGACCCCUACUAUGCUGCAGAGUCUGAGUAUUGGACCUACCAUGGGUCCCCCAAAGUGCCCCGAGCCAGGAGGUUCUCGUCCGGAGGAGAAGAGGACGACUUUGACCGCAGCAUGCACAAGCUCCAGAGUGGAAUUGGCAGGCUGAUCCUGAAGGAAGAGAUGAAGGCCCGGUCCAGCUCCUACGCAGACCCCUGGACUCCUCCGCGGAGCUCCACCAGCAGCCGGGAGGCCCUGCACACAGCUGGUUACGAGAUGUCGCUCAAUGGCUCCCCUCGGUCGCACUACCUGGCUGACAGCGAUCCCCUCAUCUCCAAAUCUGCCUCCCUGCCUGCCUACAGAAGAAAUGGACUGCACAGGACACCCAGUGCAGACCUCUUCCACUACGACAGCAUGAAUGCAGUCAACUGGGGCAUGCGAGAGUACAAGAUCUACCCUUAUGAACUGCUGCUAGUGACCACACGAGGAAGAAACCGACUGCCCAAGGAUGUGGAUCGGACCCGUUUGGAGCGCCACCUGUCCCAGGAAGAGUUCUACCAAGUCUUUGGCAUGACCAUCUCCGAGUUCGACCGGCUGGCCCUCUGGAAGAGGAAUGAACUGAAGAAGCAAGCCCGGCUGUUCUAGGCAGAGGCACUAUAAAUAUAUAUGCAUUUAUAUAAAGAUAUAUGUAAAAUCUCUAUACUGAAGCUCGGUAUAAUCCUCUCUGUGUAAUGGGACACACUGCCUGCCAUAAGACUCGCUUUUCUGUACUGUCAGGCAAGCCCACGUCAUCAAGAUAUUUUUAUGCUCCUUGACUUUCUCUUUUCUAAGUGCUGUGGGAUCUGGGAAGGGAUUUGAGGGGACUCCAUCUUUUACAGGAGAUCCUUUUUAUACUGAAACAUCUGUCCUAAGCUGAGUCCCCCAAAGUCCAACUCUCUUUCCUAAAAAAGGUGCCUAAAGAAGUCUCUCUUCUCUCUGCUUCUGGGCCCUUUUCCCAAGUCUCUAGGACUGAUGCUGACCAGGUGGCUUUCACACCUUAUUGGCCCCAGAAGGGCCCUCCCCUGAGAAGAUCCACGGUGAUCUUCCAAAAUCACUGAGCACCUUUGAGAGCCCAUAAGGAACUUUCCCAACGCCCCCAAGUAGGAGCACAGUGCUUUCUGGGGACAAUGCAGUUUGAAGUAUGAGCCUCAAACCUCCGAGUUAUCCCAGUAAACAGACGUGGAUAGGGCCUAGACCUCUCCUCAGCUCUUCAGUCCUCCUCCUCUGCCCUGGAUUGCAACCUCUCCCUGGUCCAAGUCUGGGACUCACAGUUAGGAAAAGAAAAGAGGCACUUUCCUUCCCUCCACCCCUUUGCCUGGCCUGGACUUGGAGAACCAGAGGAAGGGAGCAGGAGGCAGAGCAGGCCACCUGUUAGAAUCGGAACUGCAGGACCUCUAGGGUGCUCCUCUUUCCCUCACUGCUCCCGGCACUUCCUGACCCUGCCCCCUUUCAAGGAGAGGCCCAGUACUGCAGCCUGUAUUCUUCAGCCUUAUUACAAUCUAUGUGCCUGACAACACAACACUCCACAGGGCUAACAUUGCCACCAUAGCUCCAACAGAACAACUAGACAGAAGACUCUAUUCACCCCUCUAGAGGGAAAAUAGGCCAUGUCCCAAAGAAAAAUUCUCAGUCUACAUCUCUGGUCCCUGGAAUGGCAGGGCAACCAUUCUGGACCCCCACCAAUCCUCAGCUCCUGCCACAUAUGUGGCCAUUUUUCAUGAGAGAAGCUUCCAGAAGAGUGGCUGCUUCCGAGAUUCUAAAAGGAAGCGUUUGUUGGCCAGCACCAUCCAAAGUCAUCCUGGAUCUCUCAGUGGCUGCCUUUCCUGCUGCCUGGCCUCCUUGCCCUCUGGAAGAGAGGUGAAAGAUUAACCUUCUCUCCCUCCCUCUCCAAAUUUUCAACUGUGAGUUGGUUGUUGGUGGGGGCAGAUUCCUUUUUGGAGCUGUCUUGAGUCAGACCAUUUCGAGGCCAUGGAGAAAGGAUGAAGAAACGGAAAUGAUUAUGGCUCUCAGAGACUGGUGAUGUGACAUGGCAAAUGCAGAACUGACUUAAAUUCCACAAGCCCUCACUGAGCACCUGCUAAUGCUGAGCACCUGCUGAAUACUGAGCACUGGAUGGGGGAGGGGGAGGGGAGCACUGGGAUGAAUCCACAGGGGCCCUGCCCACUGGCAGUGGGUAUCAUGAGGCAUAUACCCAAGCAUAAUGGAUGUAAGGCAGAAAGUGGUCAGAGAAGGCACGAGAAAGUGUGUGUGUGUGAUGUUAAUGAAAAGGCAUGUCUGCCGUUGGAGCAGACCAAGGAAAGCUUUCUGGAGGAGAUUGCAUCUGAGCAAAAUUCAGGAAGGAUCUUGGUAAACUGGGAGGAGACUCUAAGUUGAGAGGGUGACAAGUGAGGGGCCAGAAGGGAAGUCUGAUAUGCUCUCAUUUACCACGUCAGCCCUCCCUACAACUUCUCUUUUUUGGCCAAUGUCUUCCGACUUUCCUGACCCUUUGAAAUGUCCCCAGACAGACGCAAUCAUUGAAACUGCCUCAUUAUCACUAGUUGAGAACUUGGCGACAUGGAAGGGCUUUUGUUAUUGUUGUUGGAUAUUUUUGUUUCCCAUAAAAGCACAUCAUUUCAACCC